AUGGAAACAUUAACGCAUAAUUUAUGUGGUCAACAUCAGAGCAUGGAAACAUUAACGCAUAAUUUAUGUGGUCAACAUCAGAGCAUGGAAACAUUAAUGCAUUUAUGUGGUCAACAUACGAGCAUGGAAACAUUAACGCAUACGUUAUUUGGUCAACAUCAGAGCAUGGAAACAGUAACGCAUAAUUUAUGUGGUCAACAUCAGAGCAUGGAAACAUUAACGCAUAAUUUAUGUGGUCAACAUCAGAGCAUGGAAACAUUAAUGCAUUUAUGUGGUCAACAUACGAGCAUGGAAACAUUAACGCAUACGUUAUUUGGUCAAAAUCAGAGCAUGGAAACAGUAACACAUAAUUUAUGUGGUCAACAUCAGAGCAAGGAAAUAUUAACGCAUAAUUUAUGUGGUCAACAUCAGAGCAUGGACACAUUAAUGCAUUUAUGUGGUCAACAUACGAGCAUGGAAACAUUAACGCAUAAUUUAUGUGGUCAACAUCAGAGCAUGGAAACAUUAUCGCAUAAUUUAUGUGGUCAACAUCAGAGCAAGGAAAUAUUAACGCAUAAUUUAUGUGGUCAACAUCAGAGAAUGGAAACAUUAACACAUAAUUUAUGUGGUCAACAUCAGAGAAAGCAAAUAUUAACACAUAAUUUAUGUGGUCAACAUCAGAGCAUGGAAAUAUUAACGCAUAAUUUAUAUGGUCAACAUCAGAGCAUGGAAACAGUAACACAUAAUUUAUGUGGUCAACAUCAGAGCAUGGAAACAGUAACACAUAAUUUAUGUGGUCAACAUCAGAGAAUGGAAACAGUAACACAUAAUUUAUGUGGUCAACAUCAGAGCAUGGAAACAUUAACGCAUACUUUAUGUGGUCAACAUCAGGGAAUGGAAACAUUAACGCAUAAUUUAUGUGGUCAACAUCAGAGCAUGGAAACAUUAUCGCAUAAUUUAUGUGGUCAACAUCAGAGCAUAGAAACAGUAACACAUAAUUUAUGUGGUCAACAUCAGUGAAUGGAAACAUUAACACAUAAUUUAUGUGGUCAACAUCAGAGAAUGGAAACAUUAACGCAUAAUUUAUGUGAUCAACAUCAGAGAAUGGAAACAUUAACGCAUAAUUCAUGUGGUCAACAUCAGAGCAUAGAAUCAUUAACACAUGGUCAACGUACGAGCAAGUAGCUCUUACAAUGAUAAAGUCGUUUUCAACAACAAUUAUUGCUAACAAUUGUAAAUAAAAGUAAUAAAAUAUAUUGCACUAAAAUUCUAUUAUUUACAAGUGAAAUGUACCCAAUUACCCAAAAAGCAUUUUAAUAAUUUACAUAUAUACAAUGAAAUAAACACAGGGUGAGCAAAAAAGGUGACCCAACCAAACCCAAACGCAUUCAGCAUGGGUUUGGUGUCAUAUUUGGCGAAUUGAAACCUUGUUCAUAUGUUCUUUCAUUCUUCUAAGUUUAAUUGGUCUAUUUGAAAUGGUCGCGAUUUUAUGAUCAUUUUAUAAAACAUGCUAUAAAAUAUUAUACCGUUGUCGUGUCUGGAGGUUAACUUCGUAUCGGGCGUUGUUGUUCCCUACACGAGUACAGACAUCCUAUGUUAUGGCUCUCUGUCUUCUUCCUUAUAUCUUGUCUAAAUGUUUCAAGGGUUGUUAGUGUAGACAUUAGCCCCACAGAUAGGUUAGCCCCAUUUGAGAUAGACCUAUGAAACUUAGUAGAAAGAAGAACAUUGAACGAGUAAUUGUGCUUAAUAAGCCCAUGCUAAACGACGGCGUUAUUAACAUACAUUUGUUUGGGUAACCUUUUUUGGAUCACCCUGAAUAAUAAAUAUUUUAUCAUUACCACUAGUGUACACGCAUGCAUAUACACUUUAACAUUGGACUUAGAGAUCAGAAUAUUUUCUAGCUUUAAGUAAAACUUGAUGGCAUCCAUUAUUCUAUAUUCUGAGCCCAAAUUGACGUUUCCAUUAAAUCAAUGCCCUCUUUUGCUUAGAACUAGGAUAUAUUGACUAGUAUAUGAUGUCUUUUUUCAUCAGUUUAUCCAAUUUUACAGUAUAGAACUGUACUGAUGACUUCGUUUCCAAUACAUGUAGGUGGCACAAUUUAGUAAAAUUGUCUCUUACUUGGUCAUGUAUGUAAAAAAAACAUGUAUAUUUUGUUUAAGGUUAUCGGAUAUAGAACUUAUAUCUAGUUAUCUAGUUAUAAAUACAGUCGUAAUGGAAGCAUUAACACGUAUGGUACGAAGGAAGACUGGAAUGUAUUAACAAUUUUAAAGAAGAUAUCUUUAAUGCAUUUAACCCAGUGCUCCACAACACGGAUUCUUCUUCUUUUCAGAGAUAUCGUGCAGUUGUAGACCAACGGAUUUCACUUCCAAGUCUUCAUUUGUCAUUAGUAAUCUUGCCAACUCAGUAACUGCCUCUGUGAUGUGGUCACCUUCCUUUGCACUUGUCUCUAUGAACAGUGAACCACACUCC